CAUGUGAGGGCAGUGCUAGUACUUUUCCGAAAUCUGUCAUACCAGUUUUUUGUUUCCUCAUCUAUACAUUGAGGCAAGAUAAAGUUAAGUUUCUCAAAAGCAGGUGCAUUUGCAUCAAGGAGCUACCUCUGACAGCACCACCUGACUAAAUAUCAAACUCCCCUAAGUAAGAAGUAGAAAGAAAUGGAGGACCCCUGGAAGAGGGAAUUUGAGUUUGCUGUUGAAGUGGCAAGAAAAGCUGGAGCAGAAAUUCGGAAAGCUGGGGAGAGUGAAAUAAGGGUCAUGACAAAAAGCUGCACUGUUGACCUUGUAACUAAGACUGAUGAAAGAGUCGAGAAGAUCAUCAUUGGGUCUCUUAAAGAAGAAUUUGGAGAAGGCACACACUGUUUCAUUGGCGAGGAGUCAGUGGCAAAGGGGGAGGCGUGUGUCUUAACUGACAAACCUACAUGGAUCAUUGACCCAGUGGAUGGCACCACAAACUUUGUACAUGGAUUCCCAUUUGUGGCCGUGUCAAUUGGCUUCGCUGUCAAUAAGGAGUUGGAGUUUGGUGUGGUGUACAGCUGCUUGGAAGACAAGAUGUACAAAGCACAGAAAGGAAAGGGAGCUUUCUGCAAUGAUGAACCAAUUCAGGUGUCAGAUGUACAAGAUAUCAAGAAGUCCAUUAUCAUUUCUGAGCAUGGAGUUGACAGGAGCCCAGAAAAAGUAACCAAGAUUUUCUCUACCAUGCAGAAGAUCCUCUGCAUCCCUGUUCAUGGGCUCCGUGGAUCAGGGACAGCUGCCACUAAUAUGUGUCUGGUGGCGUGUGGGGCAGUAGAGGCCUUCUUUGAGAUCGGCAUCCACUGCUGGGACAUUGCUGCUGGUGCUGUCAUAGUGAAAGAAGCUGGAGGAUUAUUACUGGAUGUCAAUGGGGGACCAUUCGAUUUGAUGUCUCGAAGGAUGGUUUCUGCAAACAGCGAUACCAUUGCACAGCGGAUCAUCAAAGAAAUUGAAAUAUUCCCAGUGGUGAGGGAUGAUGCUCUGGUGCAGAAGAAAUGAGUGUAUUCUUAAACCCUGUUUACACUGAAUUUCCAAACACUUUGCAAAAUUAGUACAAAAGUGCAAUCUGCCGCUAUAAAUGUCUCUGAAUAAAAUUACUGUGCUGUAAUCACCACUGAUAAUCUUAA